AUGCAGCAUCUGCAGCCACCCAUCCCUCCCCAAGUCCUUCGUCUAGCCAUCGCCAAGUUCUCCCAUACAACCACUGCCAUUGAUCAUGUUGGUCCACUGACCUGGAAUCAUAUCCCUGGAAAUGGAGAUCUUGCAUGCAUCUUUGAGAAGUUUCUAGAUUCCGGGCCUAUACCAUCAAAGAUGAUUCAGAAAGUGGUUCGAGGUGAUGGCAUCCUGGAGCAUCUUGAUCUCGUAUUCUUCACUCGCAUGGCAGCAAUGCAAUCCCAGCUAAUUCCACCACCAAGGCCAAACUUUGCUGUCGUUGUGAAGUCGCCUUGUCUUGCAGUCAAGUAUCCUUAUGGUGGAACACAAAUUCGUCGGUUUCAGAUCAAGUUCACCACAGAACGUGACUAUUUCACAGCAUUGGCUCUUCUGGGCGAAAUCAACUGUCCAUUGACAGAAGGCAAGAUACCAGUUCCACCAAUGCAACGAUUUCCUUCAGUCUCAUCAUGGACAUCGGGGAACCUUUCUUCCAUUGUCCCCAGGACUACAAACACAGCGGCAACUUCAACCGGUAGCAAUGGAGCCCACUUUUACCCCACGGGGAUGAUAGGAUCUGGAAUGACAACACCAAUUCGAGCCUCAUCUCCCGCAAGCACUAUUUCACACCCCAUGUCCAGAUUGGGCCCUGUGCCAGCUCUCAACCCACCCCAAAGCAUGGAACAGGUCGAUUUGUUUCACCCACCGCAUACCUCUGCUCUCGCACACACCUCAAACAAAGAACCCGAUCCACCAAGCUCUCAGCUUUCUGCCAUAUCUGCAAUCCACGACGUCGACCAGUUAAACCAGAUGCUCCCUCCCAAGAGAGACCUGCCCUUCUCAAAGCCAACCGCAAAGAAACCGCGCGCUGCAAGCUCAACUCGAACAGCACAGGAGCAUCCCCAGUCAGCUCCGCCGCCAAGUUCUCAGCCCAUUGAGCCAACCAAGGAUCCAGAACCUCGUCCACAUCUUGUGGUCAAUCCUAAUACUCAAUCUGGGGUCCCAGACUCUGAUUCCCAAUUCUUAUCCCAACCAAAUCCUUGCCCAGAGGCUAGCCAGCCACUAUUGCUCUAUGAAGAGCCAACUGCUUCGCAGAACACAGUUCCGAUCUGCGAGCCCGUCGAACGGAUAUCCCAAGUAUCCAGCGUUCAGAACAAGUCGCAAACACAGAAUAAACUAACUAACCCGAACAACAACUCGGCCAGCAAGCCAAACGAUAAAGACCCAGCUUCCACAGAAGACCAUCUUGCGCGGUAUCUAUCUUCACCGACGGCAGAGCGAAUUGUCUUUCUCGAGAACUGGAUGUGUGAGUUGAUUGACGAUGACAAUUUCAUGGCUCUGUGCGAGGACGUGGAUGGAACAUGGAGGCGGUUUGCGUUCGGACAAAAGCAGUGA